AUGACUCUUGCGCCAACAUAUACCACUAGAUUCCAACAUCCUCCUCCUCCCCUAUCUACUGGUACAACACUUGACGCGUUCAAAUGGUUCGGAGGAAGCGAUGAUGACAAUGAAGAUGAAAAGAAGGAAAAGUCAGAUGAAUUUUUGACAUCCACCAAUUUGGGCAAUGUUGCAAGCGUCAUUGAUUCCAUGUCAAACUUCAAGAAAUCACAACGAAUUGAGGAGCGGACAAACAAUGUCAUGAAGGAUUUAUCGACGACCAUGCUCACUGGAGAAUCUUCUGAUGGCAAGGUUAAAAUUACUUUCAAUGGUCAAAUGAAACCAGUCGGGGUUGAAGUCGACCCAGAAUACUUUCAGACACUCGAACGGGAUGAAGAGGGAUGUUCGCAGCUGAGUUCAGCUAUUCAACAGGCACUGGUAGAUGUCAACGAAAAGUCAACGCGAAAAGUGGAAGAGAAAAUGAAGGGUAUAUACCAAGACAUUGGUUUUGACACCUAG